UGGCAACUCAGGUCAGCUGACCAGAGUAAACAACAACCAUGUCCGCCCACCGUAACGUGCACAAGUCUGUAGUGGUGAAGAAACUAACAGAAACGCCAUACUCCAUUAAUCAAGUUCUCAGGGCAGAUCUAGAAUCUAACAACAAAGGUGCCCUGAUUCUCUUAGCUGAUGGCAGGCUAAUACUUACUGUCUGGGUGAACAAGAAAGUCACCUCCAAAGUAGUCCAGGACGUGUCUGAUGCAUGUUGGCAACGUGGAGGAGAGAGUGAAGUAAUUAUUGCUUGCCAGAAUGGGACUUUGGUGCGGUAUUCUAUACACUUUGACACUGGACUUUCCUGCUCCCUUCAGUUAUCUGCUGCGUCCCUUCUUUCUCUCAUCAGAGAAAGAGACUCAAAUAUACGAUCUAUUCGUAACCCCAGCUUAUGGGGCCACACACGUCACUUCAUUCUCCUUCAGCCCCAAAGUGAUCGCCUGGUGCUCCUUUCCACAAAUGCCGGAGGUCGUCCUACAACUCAGGGUGUUCUUCGGACUCCUCCUCUUCGUACAGCACAUCUUUAUGAGAACAUAAUUCUAGUACAACCUUUAACUGGGACUGACCUGUAUGAAUAUGAUACAAGCAGUUGCAAGUUGAUAAAUGUUAUAAGCCUUGGCCUACAGAGGACAGGUUGUAAGUAUAUAGAAUGGGGCUCCCUUGCCUGUUCCUCAACUGGUGAAACUAUAGCAUUAGCAGAUUCUGAACGGCAUCUUUAUGUAACAAAUUUUAGGCAUCGAACAAUAUCUGGGAAAAAAGGUGGAGUAGGCAGGGCAAGAGUGACUCUUCAUCAAGUGAUCUGGCCAUCAAGUCUCCAACUAUCAAGAAUCACAGAGUUAUCCUUGGGUUUAUCAAAUACUGUGCUCACUGUGUUCUUUCGAAUGGAAGAUGAGGACAGAGAAACCCAGAACUACCUGAGUUUUGACGUAAAUUUGAGCAGCCUCAUCAGCCAUCACUGUUUUGCUGAGCAGGCAGCCAUCAUCCUUGGCAUAACCCAUGAUCUGCCUGAUCUCUUCCUUGUUGCUGAUGGUGUUGCAAUGUUAAUGGAUGAGGAUGCCUCUAUAAGUAGUCUGGAUUCUGAGGUUGACAUUGGAGAAUUACUGGGUGGUAUGAAUGAAGGUCUUGAGGAGAAGAACUUGGCUAAAGUAUCAGAGGUUAAAGCCAUGAUAGAACAAGGGUUGAGUGUAUUCCUGGCAUCAUGUAACCACCAAGAGGGUUGGACAGGUCUGGCAGAGAUGAGAGCAAAGCAGUAUGGUCAACUUGCAGAUUUACUUCUCAGUUACAUUCCUCGUUAUGCUCAGCAGGAGGAUUCACAUUCCACAGCGUUAUCUCUCAAGUACCUCGCCAAGCAUCAUUUCUCGAGUGUACUAGAAGAGAUGAGUAAUGUGCUUCAGUACAUUGACAGUGAAAAUAUAUCUCAGAUGGUGUUACAAAUGACAGAACAGGUAUCAUUUUAUCUACGUAGUGUAGAGCAGUUGCAGUUGCCACAAGCAGGAAAUGACAGUGAACUAGUUCAGCACCAUGCAGAUUGGGGAGACAAGCCAAUGAAGGAAAUCAUAGAAGAUGCACUUACCAAAGGUCAAGUAAAGUCUGCAGAAACUUAUCUUCAACUGAAGCCCUGGGUGUAUGGUACAAUUGUCACAACUAGUAUUGUUUCUACUUGCAUUGAUGUUGCAAGGGAGAAAUUGUCUGAAGACUCACAGCUCAAAGCUCUACUGAAUAUUGAUGAUGACUACAAUGAAGAAUUAAGACAGAUGAUGAACUUAAGUGAUGAUCAGUUUGAAAUAAAUAUUAUAGGAAAAGUAUUAGGAAGCAGAGGUCUGUUGACACUUGUUGAAACUUUGGCAGUACAGUUGGUGAUGACUAUCCAUAGAACACUACCAGAUCUUCUUACUCUCCCACCGCAGAGAUGGACAGAAUUGGUGUGUUUGGGUGAUGCUUCCUCUGCAGAGGUGUCAGCUCCAGUGACAGUUGGACAAGUGGCACGCUGGACUCCACUGGCGAUAAUGCUUAUUAUCACUGAUCUUUAUGCCUAUGCUGGAGACCCAGAGAUUUUGGAGAAUGUGGAUGCCGAUGUAAAGUGGCAGUACCUUCUUCAUCAACAUGAUUUAAACAACUUGAAGCGGUGGAUCUUCAGGGAGUUUAAUAGUCAAGAAGCAGACCUGCAUGAAAAUGAACUAGUACAAAGUGAAGAUUUGAUGAGGUCAAAUCACAAUUCUAGGCCCUCUAAGAACCUGCAAGCAGGAUCAUUCAUUCCAGAAAAAUCAGGAAAUGAUGGAAAUGAGAAGUAUGAAAAUAUAUCAGAGUCAAAAUAUGCAGGAUUCAACCUGUUGAGUGGACCACUGUAUGCUAGUGAUGUGGAGUCUUCUGUCAAGUCCCACGACUCUUUAGAUUCCUCUUCUCUUGGACCUGGUGAUGGAGAUACGUGGAGUGUGCAGAGUUUUGAAGCUCAUGACCGCAGGGACACAGUGUGGUCAACAGAACUCUUUAAACCCAUAACACAAAGUAUGAUUGAUCUAGUGAUAAUUGCCAAAGAACCAUUUUUGGAGUUAGUGUUAAAUAUUUUAGCCAAGUGUGGAGUCUUCAUUACAAGAGAAAAAGGUAAUGCUGAAUUACUCAUGAGACGACUGUUUAUGUCGGGAGCUUUUGAACUUGUUGCGGAUUUCACUGGAGAACACCCCUGCCAGGUCUCUGAAAGCCACAUUCAUACAGUAAUGAUGGAGUUUCUGGGGGCCCAUGAUCUUGUUUUACCUGCCUAUGAUUAUGUUAAAAACUUUUCCUUGGAUGCUUCUGAAGGUAAAGCCCUAGAAAAACUUGAAUUGCCAUCUUGGGCAAAUACAAUUGUUCCCUUUAUGAAGCUUCUGAAGACAAAACCCAACAAAAUUUUGUAUGACUUGAGUGUGAAAAAUCUUGUAGUUCUUAGUGAAACUUGUCAAAAUCCUCGAGAACUACAGUUUCCAGCCUUUCUCACCAUGCUCUUUGCUCCAACCAAGAACUUGAGAGAUUUUAUUCAGUAUGAUGUAAAUAGUGAACCUUGUGGUGAAAUAGAAGAGCUAUGUACUAUCCUUGCCAGGCAUAACAUGUCCUUACAGCAAACAGCAGAAGGAGUUGUGGAGAGGUUUCCCAUUUUGCAGAAGAUGUUUACAAAAUCAGAAAAUGGUACAUCAUUGGAUGUUACUGUCUAUGAUCUCCUGCAUGGCACAGUUUCUUUUGACCUGAGUCGGAUCUUUACAUUUCAGAAAAAGAACAGAUAUGGGUAUGAUAUAAAUGCUGGAAUUACUAGUUUUAGUAAUGAAGAGUUGGUAAAAAAACAUGGCAUCCUGCAUUCCUUGGAGUAUUUGUACUAUCUUAAAGAAUGUCGACUCACGUAUGCUUGUGCUGCAAUCCUGGCAAGCAUUUAUGCAAACAAAAACAAGAAAAAAAUUGAUGAAUUCAAGAACAAAGUGUAUGGAUUUGCUCUCAGUAGUUGGCCAAACCGUGCCAUUUGUUCUGCCUGUAUAUCUGUUCUUCUCAUGACUAGCCUUGAGGCUGACUCCCUCAGGAUAGUUUUGGCUUCUGCAUUUCUGAUCUAUCCCAGACGAACUGCAUGGUGCAUGAAGCUGACCACAGAGAAACGAAAAGGACAUGAACUUCUUAUUGAAACAGAAAUUGGAAGUAUUCUUCAGCAACUUUGUAUUCUGGAAACUAGAGCAGAGGCUGCAGCAGCUUUAUUAGAAAUGCUUGAAAACUGUAUUAUUCUGUCAGUUGCAAAAAUAAGGUAAAUGUAAGGG